AUGGCGGAAGCCGAGCUUCAAGGUCUCUUCUCACCAAACAAGCCGCUCGAGCCCGAUGUCUUGACCGAGCUGCAGUCCAUCAUGCGGCUGCACAAUCUCACGGCCGAGGACCUAUUCUACAAAUGGGAAUCCUACUGCAUUACCAUGGAUAUCGAUAGCCAGGCCAUAUCAUUGGCGGUUAUUCGGAAUUUGAAGCAGACAAUCCUGGACUCGCUCGAGAAAACCAAUAACCAGCGCGGCCAGGCCAAGGUCCAUGCCACACCAAGACCAGCAGCCAGGGGCGGAGGCGGCGGAGGAGGCAACAUGCUUGACAUCCUGGAGGGCUAUGGCCCAAGCACUCCUGCCACCGGGGGGAAGCUGGUCCAUCGCGGCGGCAGUGGGUUAAAACGAAAGCUGGAUACUCCUAUGGCUACAGUGGGAAGCUCGCCAGUUACAAGUGGUAUGGGCGAUCAGCUGAAGGCCCUGAAUGUUAAUGGGACAUCUUCUGUCCCUUUCAACGAGCGAAAGAAUGCUGGUGAAGUGGUCGAGACUCUAAACGAUCAUUUACCAGUCGCCGAGCCACCAAUUGCGCCGUACUCGGAGCCAAGGAUCAAAUUGACGGCCGCCUCCGACCAGAAGAAGAUGGCUUACAAGCCAUUGGCGAUGAAACUGUCCGAGGCGAGCGAGAUCCUCGAUGACCGAAUCGAUGAGUUUACCAACCUUAUUCAGGAGUACCAUAAGCUGGAUGACUCUGCCUUCGGCAGUGCGGCUGCGCAGAGCACCACGGAGGUGGUAGCUGUUGGCCGCAUAGCGUCAGAUGCAAUGGAAGGCAAACUGAAUGCCGCCUCUCUCGUCCUUGAGACUCCCAGACGCUUGGGGAUGGGCCUACGAGUUCCCUUGAACAUGAGCAGGCAAAAGAACUGGAGCUUCUUCCCCGGUCAGAUCGUGGCACUUCGGGGAAUCAACACCUCGGGGCAUGAUUUCAUUGUAAACGAAAUUCUCUCCAUCCCCCUUCUCAACAAUGCCGCUUCUUCUCCCUCGAAUCUGGAGGCACAUAUCCAGAGGCUCCAUGGUGGCGCCGAUGCCAUGGAUUCGGACUCAGACCCUUCCCCUCUAAACAUCAUAUUCGCGGCUGGCCCAUACACAGCAGAUGACAAUCUUGAUUUCGAGCCACUGCAUGCUUUGUGUACUCGGGCCGCAGAUACCUACGCCGAUGUAUUGGUUCUGAACGGUCCUUUCAUUGAUGUCGAUCACCCUCUAAUAGCCACCGGAGACUUCGAUCUGCCGGAAGAGGCGCAAUUUGACCCCGACACUGCCACCAUGACUACAGUUUUCAAGUAUCUCUUCUCCGUCGCCCUCAACCGGCUUUGCUCGAUAAAUCCCCAUCUCACUGUCGUUCUCGUGCCUUCUGUCCGAGACAUAAUCGAUAAGCACGUCUCCUGGCCUCAGGAUGCCUUUCCCCGCAAGGAACUCGGUCUGCCAAAGGCCGUCAGGAUUGUCUCCAACCCCAUGUCGCUCUCUAUCAACGAAAUGCUCCUGGGAAUCUCUAGUCAAGACGCCCUGUUUGAGCUGCGUUCGGAAGAAGUGAGCAAGUUUGCCAGCGGAAACAUGCUAGAGAGGUUGUGUCGUUACCUGAUUGAGCAAAGGCACUUCUUCCCUCUCUUUCCUCCCAUGGAUCGGAAGAGCCUGCCGAAGACGGGUACAGAGGAAGGUAUUGCUACCGGUGCUGUGAUGGAUGUGAGCUAUCUCAAGCUGGGCGAGAUCAUCAAUGUGCGUCCAGAUGUGAUGGUCACGCCAAGUUCGUUGCCUCCGUUUGCAAAGGUGGUGGAAAGCGUGCUGGUCAUCAAUCCCGGCCCUCUAUCGAAGCGUCGCGGUGCAGGCACCUACGCUCGUAUGACAUUGUAUCCGCCUACUAUCAAAGAUGCCGGGGUAGAUCAAAUGCUGGAUCACAGAAUAUAUGAGAGAGCGCGGGUAGAAAUCGUUAGGGUAUAA